CUUUAUUGCUUGUUUACGCUAAAACAACACUCAUGUGUCAUUAAAUCGGUAUUUAUAAUUCGCUUGUUUCUUCCUCUCUUCAUUUGAUCCCUCGCCUCGAAAAUGUUCAAAUCGGUAGUGUUUUUGUGCACACUUGUGACAAUUAAGAACGUCCAAAGCGCCUCAAUGCAAACUUUGGCCGUCCGUAACGCCCUCUACCAAGUCCCCGGACUCGGAAACCGCCCCCUAAUCAUCAAAAUGUACCCCGGAGUCGAAAACUACCAAAGCGACCUCUACGAAGUUUACGCCGAACCUUACACUUUUGAUUUAAGGGCGGCAAGCGCAGUUGCCUUGAUCCAAGGGGAGGGUGAAAGUGCAGCAAAGGGUGAAAUCGUCUUUUUCCAAAGACACCCCCCAAAUGGCCCCAUUUUAGUCAGGGGGAACUUAACGGACCUGCCCCCCGGCAAACACGGCCUCCACAUUCACCAGUCGGGGGAUUUGAGACAAGGGUGCGACAAGCUGGGCCCCCAUUUCAACCCCUACCUGCUCCAACAUGGCGGCCCGUCGGACCCCGUCCGCCAUGUUGGCGACUUGGGGAACAUAGAAGUGGAGGAAGAUGGCAGUGUGGAGUUUAACAUCGCCGAUCCGUUGUUGUCCCUAAUGGGGGGUCCUAGGGGAAUUGUGGGCCGUUCGAUUGUCAUUUCGGGGAAUCCCGAUGAUCUGGGGAGAGGGGGAACGGCCGAGAGUUUGGUUAAUGGCGAUUCGGGGAAACCCAUAGCUUGCGGGGUGAUUGCGUACAUUAAAUAAUUGUUUUUGUAUAAAAAUAAAUUUUUAUUUUUGUUA